GGGCGCCGCGCACGCGCACGGGUCGGCGGCGCGCGCCGAGCGGGGGGCACCGCACGGGUGCAGGCACGAUGGAAGGGGGUGCGUACGGAGCGGGCAAAGCCGGGGGCGCCUUCGACCCCCACACCCUGGUCCGGCAGCCGCACACUAUCCUGCGCGUCGUGUCCUGGGUGUUCUCCAUCGUGGUGUUCGGCUCCAUCGUGAACGAGGGCUACCUCAACACCCCGUCGGAGGGCGAGGAGUUCUGCAUCUACAACCGCAACCCCAACGCCUGCAGCUACGGCGUGGCCGUGGGCGUGCUGGCCUUCCUCACCUGCCUGCUCUACCUGGCCCUGGACGUGUACUUCCCGCAGAUCAGCAGCGUGAAGGACCGCAAGAAAGCCGUCCUGUCAGACAUCGGGGUCUCGGCCUUCUGGGCCUUCCUCUGGUUUGUGGGCUUCUGCUACCUGGCCAACCAGUGGCAGGUCUCCAAGCCCAAGGACAACCCACUGAACGAAGGGACAGACGCGGCCCGGGCUGCCAUCGCCUUCUCCUUCUUCUCCAUCUUCACGUGGGCAGGCCAGGCCGUGCUGGCCUUCCAGCGGUACCAGAUUGGCGCCGACUCGGCCCUCUUCUCCCAGGACUACAUGGACCCCAGCCAGGACUCCAGCAUGCCUUAUGCCCCCUACGUGGAGCCCAGCGCCGGGCCAGACCCCGCUGGCAUGGGUGGCACCUACCAGCAGCCAGCCAACUCUUUUGACACCGAGCCCCAGGGCUACCAGUCGCAGGGCUACUGAGCCACAGUGACCGCCUCCUCCACUCCCCUCCCCACCCCCACCCCUGCCUGCCCCUGCCCCUGCCCCAUCUGGCCCCCACCCUCCUUCCACACCCUGCCCCUUGCUCCCUCCCAGGCUGCCCUACCCAGCACCUCAUCAGCCUCCCAAUUGUUCCACUGAGUCCAGGGCAGCUCGGGAUUGGAGGGGGCAGCAAGGUGUUGGGGGGGGGGUGUCUACAUUUGUGUGUAAGUGUGUUCAGUGGGUGCCUGGGGUGUUUGCAUUCAUUCAUUGUCAUCGAGCAUUCACUGAGCACCUACUGUGUGUUCAGCCUGUGCUUGGCAUGGGUGUGGAAGAGAAAUGGUUUCUGGGAAGACGGAGACGAGACGUGGAGGAGGCCCUGUUGGUGCCAGAGGUAGGAACAGAGGGAAGGACAGACCGAGGUGAUGCUGGGAAGGUGUGGCCUCAGGAUAAGUGUGAACAUCUGCCACCCUGGGCGCUGUUACCUGCUGGGAGUGACACAACAGCCCUGCUAGCUGUGUUGGAGCUGUUUCCAUUCUAUGGCUAUGGAAACUGAGGCCUGGACAAGUCACGGUCACUUGUCCAGGGUCACUCAGGCAGCCAGCAGUGGAGGUGGGGCCAAGCCCAGGCUGCCUGCAGAGCUCCUGCUGUCCCCUGUCUCCUCCAGCCAGGGCCUCCACUGCUCAGUGCUCCCAGGACUCUGGGAGGCCUUGGGGACCUCAGCCUGUGAGACACCCUGAUUCUGCUGCAAGCUAGGGGCCCAUUCGGCCCAUCGGGUCAGUCCUGCCUGCAGGCCCUCUGCCCACAUCCCCCCAGCCCCUCCCAGGGUGGGAGUUCCCCUGCAUGCCACACUGUGCUGUAUGUGUCCCUCUGGGAGCUCGGCACCCAAUUUGUGGCCUCCCAAAGGACUGGCCGCUGUCCCUGCCCCUAGGAGAGGCUCACUAAGACCCUGCCCAGGGCUAGGUGAUAAGGUAGCCCAUAGGGGGAGCAGCUGGCCCUACGUCCCAGUGGAUGAGUGGCAGGGCUGGGCUGGCUGCCUGUGUUUCUUGGCCCCAACCACCCAGCAGGUGUCCUGAUUCCCUGCUCGUGUGACCUACCAGGAAGCAGCUGCUCUGGGACACUGUCUCAUCUUCCCCUCCUCUGGGGUCAGCCAGCGGCCUAGGGGCUUUAGAAGCCAAGGGAAUGGAAAGCCCUUCCCCAAGGCCCACCGACCGAGGGGCUGGUCUCCCUGUGGGAGGCUGGGUGGAGAGGACAAGGACUCGGACUCUGCAGGGCCAGCCGGAGGGCUGUUGCCGUGGUACAGACCACCCCAAGGCAAGCAGCGAGAGCCCCUGGUGUAUGGUAGGCUCGGAGAGGCCACAGGCUAUGGAGGAGAGGGUAGCAGGGGUCCUCAAGGUGCAGGGGAGGUUGGGCUAUUGCACAUGGUGGGCUCUUCAUUGAGCCUUAAGGGACAAAGAGGCCUUAAACAGUGGGAAGAGGUGUAGGAAGACCUGGGGCUCAGGGCCCAGGGCAAGGGGACUGCGGGGUGGCAGGGUGCUGGGUAUUCCCUCCCGAGCACCCCAUGCCCCCACAAAACCCCUGAGAGGCAGGUGAUAUGCAGCAGGGAUGGGGCGCUGUGCAGGGCCCAGGAGCUGGCAGUCUGUCAGAGAUGAGUGCUCAGUGCACAGCUGGACCAGGGGUGCACGGCGGACUGAGGCUCCCCAGGAGGGGGCCGAGGAUGGUAGCAGUCCGCACAGCAGUGAGGGGAGGAGGAGGAGCUUCGUAGGCAGAGGAGCAUCACUGUCCCCACUUAACAGAAAGGGACACAGGCUCAGAGAGUCUGCAUUAGCAGUAGGGCAUGGAACCAAACUCAGGUCUGUUCAAGUGCUCCGGGGAGGGGCCCCAGGGAGGGGAGUGGACCCCCAAGUGCCAAGCAACAGCUGGGUGUUGCUGGCUGCCAUUUUGCACAUCUCGGGGCGGGUUCUCCCCAGCCCCAGGGCGGUCCAAGUGGUGGUUUCCACUGGGCUGUACCAGACCAGAGGUUGGCAGAGCAGGUGAGGGGUGGGUGGGUGUGGGUGUGUUCCUGGCAGAAGUUCAGUGUCUGCGCAGGAGGCUGUGAGAAGCGCUUCCCCUCCCUCACUCCUCACCUAAAACCUCCCCUGCUGACAGACACUAGGAGACCCUGGGGGGACGCCGGCUGCUCUGCUCCAGCACCAGCCAGUUCUGAUGGUGCUGGGCUGGAGGACGGGGCACAGUUAAGCUGCACCCAGUCCCUGGGUGUUUACUGCAGACUCUCCCUGCCACCCCAGACUGGGAAGUUUACUCGCUCCGGGCCAAUAGUCGGAGUUGCUGAACCAGCUCACUCCGCAUUCCUCACUCAUCCUGGGGGACCACCCAGACAUCUCACUGUCAGGCAGAGGCCGGCCCGUGGUGGGACUGAGAAGCAGGGCAAGUGAGGUCGGAGGGCAGGGACGAGACCCAAGGCCCCUGACGCCCUCCUGGGAAAUUGGUGGGAAGCCCUGCUGUGUCUGUCGGCUGAGGUCACCCUAGAGGGCCCAAGCUGAAAACCUGUGCUCUUGGGCCAACGGAAUCCCCUUGUCCCUCCCUGCUGUCCACCCUGCCGCCUCUCUCUUGCUUGUGAGCCUUUCCUUGGAGAAGGGCCCCCCAGCAUCCUGACCUUGUCAGAGUCUGGGUCUUCUCCCAUCAAGCACAAGAGACAACUCAGGAAAACUGAGUUUCACGUAAGUUUUGAGCUGCAGGAACCCUUAGAGACGGAAGAGUCUGGGCCAGGGAGACAGUGACUCGUCCAAAGUCAAGCAGACAGAGGUUCAGGAUCCAGGUCUCCUGUCCCUGAGUUGAAUCAUCCUCCGUAGUCACAGGCCUCCUGCCUGGGGGUGGCACUAGGUCUGCCCUGGGUGUAGCAGUUGAGGGACUAAUUCCUGAGAAAUUGGCAUUUGCUCCCCCUCCAAUCUUCCCUGGUCAUUCUUGAUCUUCAAAGACUCUUUUGGGGUCCCAGGCUUCCCCCAUGUAACCAAGAGCCCCCAGUUGUUACCCAUGGGGCCCCCCAACCUUGGCCCAAGAUCCCUUCUGAUUCUCUAAGGAGCACGAAGGGGGAGCAUCCCUCCCAAGAGUUUGUGGGAGGAUGGGCUGGUCCAGCUGCCUCCCAGUGCUGCCCUUGAUGUGACACUCCCCGUCCUCGGGUGCCCACAGCCCUCGUCUGGGUGCCCCGGCCCCUCCCGCAGCGUUACUGCCUGUGUAUAGUAUAAAUAUAUAUAUUUUCUAUAUAUAAGAUGUAUAAUAUAAGGCUCCUCAAAUAUAUCUCUGUGUGCGUGUGUGUGGUGAAUGGUGGUCCCCAUCCUGGGCCCCUACUCUGGACUCCCCCCACCACCUGGUUAAGUAUCUCAAGAGUGAAUCCAAUUGCCUGUGGCAACCCCCUUUAUGACAUCGUCCUUUUGUGGUAAACCAAGUGAAGGUGGUGACUUCUGGUGACAGUAAUAAAGUGAAGACUCCAAACCCACCAGCAGA